CUUAUAACCUUAUCAAUGUCCAAUGACUAUGAAAUUAGAAAUUUAUACACAUAUGAAAAAACAAGAUAAAACUAAAUAGGAAUGGGUGCUUUUGGAGAAGUUUAUGAAUGUAAAAGAAAAGAUGGUUAAUAAAAUGAUCCUCUAUGUGUUAAAAUUAUUCACAAAAAUAGAAAUAAUAUAAAGCUUUGGAAAUAAGAAAUUGAGAUAGUAAAAAAAAUAAUGGAAAUUAAAUCUGAUAAUCUUGUUCGAAUAGAAAAUAUAAUCAAUUCUCCUCAUUAAUUUGAAAUAAUUAUGGAGAGAUGUGAUAUGGAUUUAGAAUAAGAAUUUAAAUUGCUUAAGUAAAAUCAAUCAUGGUACAAUGAUACGUAGUGCGUUAAUGUAGUAAAAUAAAUAGUUGAAGGAUGCAGAAUUUUAUAUAAAAAUAACAUUGUUCAUAGAGAUAUUAAACCAUCAAAUAUUUUAAUAAAAAUCUUAAAUCAAGGAUAAGAAAACGAAAGGAGAUUGUAUAAAGUAAAUAUUUAAAAUUUUCAAUAGAUUUCAGAUUUUGGAUUUAGUAAAAUUUUAUAAAACCUUUUAGACCCUAAUAUAUUAACCAGAGUGGGAACUCCAAUAUAUUCCUCUCCAUAAAUAUUUAGUACUUAAGCUUUUUCAGGAAAAUGUGACAUUUAUUCUUAUGGCAUUUUAUUCUAUUAAAUAUUUUUUUCUGGUGAUUUACCAUAUAAUUUGAAAACAAAAGAUAGUAUCAAAGAUUUCCAUAAAUUAAUUUAAAAUAGGUAAUUCAAGUGUCAACAACCAUUUCAUCCAUAGAAAGAAUUGAUUGCUGAUUUGUUAGAUAAGAUGAUUGUUUAUGAAGAAAAUGAAAGAAUAUCAUUUGAAUAAUUAUUUUAACAUCCAUUAAUAAAUCUUUUGGAGAAACCUUCAUGUAUGGCUGAUUCAUUAUUUAAUCCAUUACAAAAUAUUAGCAAAGAGCAAAUUAAAAUUCUUGUUGAGGAAAAAAAAUAGGAAUAAAUUUUAGAUCGUCUUAAAAGGGUUUUUAAAAUUUAAACAUAAUUAUUCAGAAAGUACCUUUUUUAUGAAUUAAUAUCCAAUAAGUUAUAAAUGACUUAGGAUACAAAAAAAAAAAUUGCAGCAUUUUGUUUACGUUAAUUAGGAAUGUAAGAAAUACUUUAUUGUAUGGGGUUUAUGCAUAUUAUAGUAUCAGAUCUUCACCCAUUUUUUAAGGAUGAUAAAGACUUAGAUAAUAUAAAAAAUAUUUUAUAAUAAUGCUCAGAAAAUAUUAAUAAGUAUCCUCUAUAUCAAGAUUUAAGCUAGAAAAUAAAAUAAUAAUAUUUUAAUUUCAAGAAAUCUAUAUUUUAUUUUAAUAUAGAUAUGUCUUAAGAAUUAAAAUAAAAUUAAUAAAAUUUAAGCAAAAUUAUAACUCAAGAGUUUAUUUCAUUAAUUGAAAAAAGCAGAAGUGAAAGAAUAGAUCGAAAAAUACUUAUUGAAAAUCUAAAAUCACUAUUAAAUCAAAAAUUUUUAAAGUAAUUAAAUUUAUAAUAUGAAGUGGCUUUGAAGCAGAAAUUGAAAAGGCAAUAACUUUAGAUGAAAAAUUUCCAAUAUAAAAUUACAAAGAAAUUAAUCCAAAUGAUAUAUUUAAUUAAUGA